AUGGAUGCAAAGUCGCUGAAAUUUGUCACAAAUUGUUAUGGUCAAACUGUUGUUGUCGUCAGGGACCUACAACUUCCCCCCUCCCCCAAAAAUACACAGCUGCUUGCAGAAUAUUUAAAUGGACUGCGGCCUUUCAUUCCUGAGAAGGACAGCCAGCACUUUGAGAACUUUUUGGAAACCAUCGGCGUGAAGGACGGCCGCGGCAUCAUAACGGACAGCUUUGGGCGUUACAAACGCACGACAAGCUCUGCGUCAGACUCCACCACUAAUGGAAACGGUGCUGCGGGUGGUUCGGGUGAAGGAACGGCCACCUCUGAGGGCGACGAAUGGGACCGCAUGAUUUCAGACAUAAGCAAUGACAUUGAAGCGUUAGGAAGCAGUAUGGACCAGGACGGCGUGUCGCCUUGAUGUCACGGCACUGGGUCAGUGUCUCGCAGUGUGCUUUAGCCAAUCACCACUUGAGAUAAUCACACGGGCCAUUGGCCCAUAUUGCUGUCCAUCCAAUCUGACAAUGCUGGAGUUGGGAUACUGUGUGGAUACCACUUCCUGGCCAUCAUCCUUACUUUUAUAUAUUGUGCCAUAUUAACACAACUUGAUUUUUCAGAUUUGACAAUUGUGAUUUUCAAGACCUGUGAUAGAAGGAUCGUGUAUUGCUGUGGACAGCAGUUGUGUUCUUCUGGGAUGUUUAUUGGCAGUAUCUGCUACCACUAAUGAGAAACCUUGUUGCUGGUAGAUAUCGCUCUUUCACACUGAUCUGUAUGAAAGUUUAUUUCCACCACAGAUUAAAAAGGUAUUUUACAAUUCUGACUU